AUGGAGACUUUCGAUGGCUUCUUGCUUGUCCCUCCAGAUCGCACCCAGAUCAUCGGGAGAGCUAGUUGGAAAACACGAUACGUCUUCGUCGGUCCGAAAACACGGGCCCUCCGCGAGAAUGGUCUUUCCGGUCACAAUGGGAAUCGCACCGUUGCUAAAAGCCUGCCAAAUCCUGCUGGUGACGAAUGCUUUGUAUCUGACGAUUCGGAGCCUAUCCAGCAGUGGAGCGCAUCCUUAAUCACCGAUUGCCAAGUUCAAAAUGUUUCCCACCGGAACAAGGCCGUUGCGCAGCCAACUCUCGUUAUAACCCUCUGCGACAAGGAUCGCAAGCGUCGUUCUAGCCGUGCGGCAGGCCUCAUCUCCAGUAACAAAGACUCGGGCGCGACUGCUCUUUGGUUUCGUGCCGCUCCCCAACAUAAGAAGCACACCCUCGACGACUGGGCUCGAUUUCUCUUGUCCAAGAAGUCCAUGUCCAACUCGGAAAGCCCCGCCUCCCCUGUCUUCAACAGCCCUUUCCCCACGCGCUGCCGGGACUUGCCAGAGCACUUUUCAAGACCCGGGAGCAGUGGCAACCGCCUGCAGCACAAGAGCUCUACCGCGACGUAUUCGACUAGCCACAGGGAACGCCCUGUGACUUUUGACUCUCACUCGCCCAGUCUUCGGUCCAAACGCAGCGAUCUCUCCUCUCCUUCGACUAGUAACAACAAUUAUCACAUCCCCGGCCAACUGUACACGACUGUCCUACCGACUGAUAUUGGCCCUUCCAAUGAACUAAUUGGCGAAUCGAGGGAUGGGUGGACUUCCAGCUCGGCCUACGGCCGCUCGGCCGUCAAUUCGCCCGCUCACAUGCGGGACAGUAUGAGCAGCCAUGGCUUUUACAGCGAUAUCCCCGACGUGAAUGCGCCUCCAGCCCCAGGCGAAACCAUUCUCGAUCGAGCCUUCAAGCUGGGCCAUGUUCCGUUUGCGAUCCCAGAUAUCCCUGGGCAGGAGAAACUUAGCUCCAUCGCCAGAUUUGAUGCACUGAUGCGUGACGCUGAACAACGAAGAUUGCAGAAAGAAGAGGCCGACAAGAGGAAACGUCUCGCUUUCGAAAGCAGAUUUGACGAUGAUGACUCGGAAGAUGAUCAGUCCGACGGCUCUCACAGUACGGAUGCUGGAGACGACGCACACGGGCAUUCUCGCAAAACGAACUUGAUUUCCCCAAGCGCUCAAAGGGCUUUGAAUUUCAUAGCCGGUCGCAACGGCCAAGAUCAAGGCCGAUCUGGCCACAGACCUUCAGCUUCGCGGAAUCACCUCAGUUAUCACGCCGACACGGCCCCAGCUGCCAUCGUCACUGCUCCGCCAGUGCGCCCUCACACUGCGCAUGCCAAGAGCCGACCUGGCGCACAGCGUACACAAAGUACACCUCAUCUUGUUGCCCCAGCCGCUCCUCACGACAUACCUAAUGUGCCUAGCAAGAUCCCCGAGGAUCCGCGCAAGCCCUCUGCGGAGAAGCGUACCUCUGGCUCCAGUUCCAAGAGGCUUAGUCUCAAUGACAUUACCAAACGAUUCUCAAGCACGAGCAGCCUCUUGCUCGUGCAAACAAAUGCCAGUGGCGCCAGUAGCCGGCGAAGCAGCGAGGUCGAUGUCAGUUCCUCUGUUCCGCGAGCCAACCUCUCUAUCCGCGGAAGCAGCCAGGCUACGAGAAACCGAGAAGACCAAAAAUGCGGCUGGCGAGGCAGUGUUAAUGUCGUAUCGUCCGAGGGUGGUUUCCUAUAG